CCUCUGUCUGUCUUUGCUCGACCUUUCCUUCUAUCUCUCAACUCUCUGCACAAGCACCAAAAGCAGCGUCCCCUUCCCUCACAGCUGUGAUGAUGCGCGUGAUUGGUGUUCUGGUCAUUGUGGCUCUCGCCGGCGUCGCCCACUGCCAGCUCCUCGCCUCUAGGCAAGGUGGCAAAUGUGACCCGACGGACCUGGCCUGUGCGCCCCUGAAGCCUGGAAGUGAGCGCUGGGGGGUUGCUGAGUUGCAAUCCAUGAGCUCCUUCUCUGUGUCUGUCUCUCUGUCUCUCUGUGUGUUGUGUGCAGCCAUCCGUUACAUCAACCCUGUGUAGGGGCAGAUCAACGGCACCGGCAACUUCAGUAGGCAAUCAGGAGGCGUCAUCUGUGUGCACCGGGUGAAGUCAUGUUUGCCUGUUUGUGUCUGUUGGUCGUGCAGCUGCAGGCGCUGAGCGUGCGAUUCGGAACUGCGACGGAGACGAGUGCACCACGGCCGCACAUCUUCCAGGUCUGGUCUAGGAGUGUGUGGCUUCCUGUUGAUUCUUAGUCCCCUCUGUCUCUCCUCUCUCUGCUGCAGCAUCCAUCCCCAACCCGCGGGUGGGCGGGCUGCAUGUCGAUAGGUGUGGGAUGAACCAUAUGCGACGUUGUGGCGAAGACGCAGCUGAUGUAAGGAAGCGACGCACUCGAAGUGAUGGAUAUGGCGUUCAUCAAUGUUUUUGUGCCUUUCGUCGCAGGAAUACUGCAGAACUUACGAGCAUGGGACUGCAGCAGCCGACUGGGACACCAACUGGGACUGCGACGACUCGCAAGGGAAUGAGCGACGAAUGAUCCGCAUCAUGGAUAACACCAUUUGCGACCCAGGUGCUUACUGGGGCCUCCAGGACUGUGACUGUUUCAGCCGUAUUGAUUGUGUAUGAUGAACUCGCUCUUCAAUCCUUGGGGGUGUUUUCUUUCUGAAUGAUGACCGGUGUUUUCUUUCUCUGCGAUCCCUAUGUGUGCUGAUUUCUCGCUCUCGCUCUCUCUCCCCUUCUCUCUCUCUGUGUGUGCGUGUGUGUGUGUCUUUGUGUGUGCAUUGCCCAUGUGUGUCCGCAAGACGCAUUGCACGUGUGUGUCUUCCGGACAUCCAAUUAGUCAUCCAGAGGCGUCUGAUGUGACUGACCUGCGCAUUUUUGGUCCGCCUAGUCCAUGUGGGAUACGGGACAGAGAGAAACAGAUCAUGCUCUAUUGUUUGUUUUGUUUGUUUUGCUUUGUUCAUAUCUUCUUCCCUCCUUCCUUCCUUCCUUCUGUCUGUCUCUCUGUCUCUUUGUCUGUCUGUCUGUAUGUCUUUCUUUCUUUCUUUCUUCCUUUUUCUGAUUCUACACGGAAGGGUCGUCAUAGCAUCCAUUCAGUGCAAACCUGAGGACGUGCCCUGAUGGGGGAGCAAGGCAUCAGCACACCUGCACGACACCAAACAGAGCACAUGCACAGCGAGACCGAGGGCCAGCAGCUCGUUCUUUCUGGGACGGGUCUCUCUCUUCGACUGGUAUCUUCCCUCUGUAUUCUCUCUCUCUCUCUCUCUGUGUGUGCGUGCGUGCGCGUGUGUGUGUGUGUGUGUCUUUGUGUGUGCAUUGCCCAUGUGUGUCCGCAAGACGCAUUGCACGUGUGUGUCUUCCGGACAUCCAACUAGCCAUGCAAUGCAGAGGCGUCUGACUGACCUGCGUGUUUUCGGUCUGACUGAUCUAUGUGUGGCAACAAAGAGAGAGAGAGAGAGAGAGCGGGCGCCUUGCUAGAGUGUUGUUCCAUGCAUUCCUUCCUUCUUUCUUUCCCUUUGUGUUGUUUUGUUUUGUUUUCUGUGUUUCGUUUUGUUUGUUUUGCUGGCCCUUUUCUACACGACUUGUGUCCUUCGUCUGUCUGAUUGUCUGUCUUUCUUGCACACACGGUUUGCCACAGUGAGUCGACUGCCGGGGAUGGUAUUCGCAGAGAGUCUGGUAGUCGGCCGAAUGGGCCCACGUGCUGUGGUGUGCAUACGCUGCACUCGUGCAGAUGGCUGUGCACACACCACCGUCAAAGUGGCAGGUGCAUGUGGGGUUGGCUGUCUGUCAGCGUGGAGACUGAGCCGGUGCGUAGUGUGAAAUGAACACUCUCGGAUGCGGUCACGUCCGCUGACCUGUUGUCACCACACACGACACAACCAGUCAAUGGAUCCACUUGUCAACGGAACACAAUCAUCGCCUGCACAGUCCCGUGCUGCAUG